UCAGGAUCAUUUACUCCCAAAAUUUUUAGAGGCAAGAGACAAGGGUCGAAUACGGGCUUUGCCAAGAGGGAGAGAGCGGGAAAAAAAAUCUCCAAACCUAACAGAGAGAAAGACUGGCAAUAAUUCUUAGGGAUAGGUCUUCUCUCUUUCAAGAUGAAAUGUUCAGGAGGUUGCCCGGCUAAAAUGGGCUCUGGCCUUCCUGCGGGCAAGAAACAGAAAGCAAUACUCCAUUGCCUGUGAUCAAACUUGGAAAACUCUUGCUCUGUCUCUUGUUUGUCUCAUCCAAUCCGUGAAGUUCAGUAGUUCCUUGGCUUUCUUUUACGUUUUAAGCUUAUUAAAGCAACAACGAUGGCGUCUCUUGUUUGCUGUCAUGCUAAUACUGGAAAAUUUAGGUUGUUAUAGUGCUCAGGUUCGGAUUAGAGCUUCCUCAUUCUGGAAAAUAGUAGAAAGCGAUGCUUUUGGAGAACCCGUGGCGUUCCUUGCAUGUUAUCCUGGUAAAACGAGGAACCCGUUGUUGUACUUGUGCUCCGGUUUCGAUUAGGGUUUUUUUCAAUUUUCAAAAUGGAAGAAACGUGUGAUUUUGGAGGACUCAUUUCACUAUUUCCAUGUUAUUCUGGUAAAGUGAGAAGCUAACUGUUGUUAUAGUGCUCUCAUUGUUGUCUAAAAAUGGAAGAGACUGAUGAUUUUGGGGAUCUCUAUGCUGUCUUUGAAAGUAACGUAAACCCAGAAGCUCAUUCAACAUCAGAAGCUCAUUCAACAUCAGUAGUUCCCCUACUUUUUGCAGAGACUGGGAAAACUUGUGUUGAAUUUCCUGAAAAUUCUGAUAAAAUAGAGAUAAGUGGUACUGGCACUGAUGAAUUGUUACUAUAUGGUAUUGGGGAAGAGGGGGAAUCGGAUGAAAAACCCCAACAAUGUGACGUGAAAAUGGAAGGGGACCAUUGUUUGGGUGGUUCUAAUAACGCAGUUGCUGAAGAAAACUAUGAGGAAGAUGAGGAAGAUUCAGAGGAGGAGAAAGAAGAUGGAGAAUGGAACCCAAGCCAUGGUAGUGAGAGUGAAGAUGAUCUUCACAUUGUUUUGAAUGAGGAAAGUGGGGUUUUCCCCCCUUUUGUUGCUGCAACAUCUCAGCAUUAUGAAUUGGGAGAAUGGAGCGAUGAUGAAGAUGAUGAUUUAGUGAUAGUGGCCAACCAUCCCACUAAGGAUCGAACAUGGGUUGAUGAAUCACAACUCCCAAAUGAUUUCUCAGAGCAAUGUGCAGUUGGUUCCACCAGUGAGAAGGGGAAUUUGCUAAAGGGGGGCAAUGGAAACUCCUCAAAUCAGUAUUAUGGUUCACAAUAUUCCCAAUUCAAGUAUGUUAGACCGCACACAACAUCAGUCGCAAGUAAGCAUGGAUCAUUACAUAAUCAAGCUGGAUUGCUUUUCCCCAAUGUCAAAUCGCAUGGAUAUGGUGGACCAAUGUCAGCACAAUCAUCUCCUAGUGGUGAUUUGGUUGCAAACAGUGGUGAUCAGCAGGUGGUUCUGUGUUCAGGAUUUAUCUCCUCCUAUAACUCUGGCAUCUCAGCACCAAAACAUAAUGGUUUUGAGUUUUCCCUUCCCCGUUAUAAGACGAUACUAGAUAUUAAUAUUGAAAGAUUUGAGAUGAAGCCAUGGAGGCAUCCUGGAGUGGAUAUUACAGAUUUUUUCAAUUUUGGUUUCAAUGAGGAGAGCUGGAAGGAAUAUUGCAAGUGUCUGGAACAACAUCGGCAACAAGCAAUGAUGCAAACCAAAAUUCCUGUUUACGAAUCUGGAAGGACUUCUCAGGCACAUGAACCUGACUUCUUUGACAAAGAAGUAGCUGCUCAAGCUACGGCAGAUAAGCUUGAUCAAGUUAGAACUGGGGAGAGGAUUUCAUUUACUGAAAAUAUGGUGAAAGGCAGAGUGAUCCCAGUUGAAGAUGGCUUCACUGAAAGGCGUCCUUCUGUAGAUAUGAGAAGAUCACGGCUUAGAGAUUCCAAUGUUGUGAUACAGAUUGCAUUGCAGGAUGAUAUGGCUCAUUCCUCGCCUGGAUCUGGAAAAUCAGGCAAUAUUAAUGCAAAUGUAGUAAAAGAAGAACAUGAGGAGAAAUCUGAAUCCGAAGGUGCUAUUUAUUCUGAUAAAACUGGAGUAGAUCCCACUAAAAGGCACUAUAAUGCUUCACUUGCUGCUAAAGAUAUACAUGGCCAUGAAAAAUUGGAGGGAAGUACAGGAGUCAGACAGAAUGCAAUAACAUUAGAUGGAGAGAACAGAGACAAUUCUUCUUCCAAUUCUGAGGCCAGGGAUGUUAGUGAUUCAAAGAAAGAUGCAGAUCCUUCUGCAAAAGGGAUAUGUAAAAGCUCCAAACAUGAUGUAAGCAAUUGUGAACUUGGAAGUGACUUGGAUUCUUGUGAGAACCAACUUAUGAAACAAGAAGACUGGAAAUACAACACUGGAACAAGGCUCCGAAGUGUGGCUGAGCUAAAGAAAUCCAUGGACUAUGAAGAAGCUUCCCUUCUCCAGCAUGAUAAAGAUUCAUUUUGUGGGCAUGAUAUGUUACUAUCUCGUGAGGUCUUGAGAGGAGUACAUGAAACCUUCAAUGGAGGAGAAGAGUCCUCAUUUUAUAGAGAAACUGUUAGAUAUGAUACUCACAACAGACGGUUGGGCAAAUGGAUUGGUCGAAGUUCAUAUAAUAAAUAUUCUCACCAGAAAGGAGUUCCAGCACAUAGAGAGCUGGGACCAGAAACGAGAGAACACUGGUUUGAGAGGGAAUCAUACUUUGAAGAGAGGGCUGCUUCAAGGGGUAUUGACAAUAAGUGUUACUUUCAUGAGAGAGAAGAGAAGCAUGUCCGGGAUCCAAACAGGUCUCCCUAUGUGGAUUGUAUGAGAUCAAGUCUGGACUAUUUUCCUGUUCACAAAGAAAGGGGAAGCUAUGCUUAUCAGAGAAGAAGGAUGGUACAUUAUGUUGGAGAUAGAAAGAGAUCAGAGGAGAAUGAGUACAUUCAAGAGCAAAGAUACAGAAAGAAAUCAGUCAGAGAAGAGCAUGGUUGGAAUGAAACAUACUCUGCUAGAAAACUUGAAGGCUUGCAUAGUAAUGGGGCACAGACUGAUCCUUUUGAUUCGUUGGGUUCAAAGAGGGUUGAAGCUUUCUCGAGACCACCUUAUCAUCGGUCUCUGGACUCCAAGAAGGUUGUGGGUUUAGUCAGCCCACAUCGAAUACAUAGUGGCACUUCGCGAGGGACUUUCCUGGAGGAUUCUUGGGCCGGUAGGGAAAUUGAAGAAGAGUAUCAAAGAGAGUUUGAUUAUGGAAGUGCCUACUAUAAGAAUCACAGAGAGGAAAUAGGCUGGCCAUCCUAUAAAGAUGUCUUUGAUGAGAAACGAAGACAUCAAGAACGAGAUGGACCACCCACCCAAGAGGCCUCGCAAAUAUAUGGAAGGGCCUCACAAAAUUAUCAUGAACGUGGUGAUUAUGAUUCUUCUCAUGUUAGGAAAUUUGUAGAAGACCAAAGAUUUGAUAAGGUUAAAAAUGGGUUGACUGGAAAGAGUAGAGUAUCAGAGCUUUGUAACAGAAUCAGUUCUAUUUCUAAUGUGUAUGACAUAGAUAAGAAGCAUGGCCAGACAGCCACAUGCUGCAAAGAAUCAGUUAACUUCCAUAUGAUUGGUUGGGAAGGAAAGCAACCAAGAAGAUCCACUGGUGCACGUCAUAUACCUGAGGAUGAAAUGGCAGAUUUUCCGGAUUCAGAUCAACUGCAAAGGGGAGGAGAGAUCGGGCCUCGUGUGGUCCAAGAUAAUCAUCGGCAAAACAUUAAUUCAAAGAUUGAAAGAGUAAGCCAUCGAAACAAGGAGUCCUCUUCUGACCACAGUGACGAUAAAUGGCUUGACAAGUUUCCAAUCACCCAAAAUAAAGAAGAUGGUUCUGGGCAGCAGAAAAAGGAUGCUAAAGUGGAAGAGCCCAAAAAGAUUGAGGUUACUAAAACUGUGAAGAAGAAAGUGUCUAAGAGAACCACACCAAGUUCAAUAAUUAAAGAAAGGUUUUCAGGUUCUAUGAACGAAAAAGCACAUCAGAAGGGUGCUAAUGACAACAACAAGAUGGUCACCAAAAUCAAUAAUGAACGAAUACUCGAGACCAUGGCAAAGAUGGAGAAAAGGAAAGAGCGUUUUAAGGAGCCUAUUGUUUCCAAUAAGGAGCCUGAAAAAAUCUCAAACGCCCCAUCUGUCAGUAUUCAGGUCGAAGAAACUGAAGUUAAAGGCCAGAGACCUCAACGUAAAAGGCGAUGGUGUGGCAAUUAGAGUUAAAGAAGAAGUGGGUGCACAAUACCUGCUCAUCCUUCUCCAGUGCCUUUCCAAUAAUAAUAGUAACAAUAAAACAAACAAAACAAAGAGAAAAAUGAAAGGACGUGAGUUUAGUCAUAGAUUUAUUUAGACAUUAUUCGGCCAUUCACAAGGUACCAUUUGCAAGCAAAGCAGAUUGGCUUUUCUUUGAGGAUUCAUCCUGUGAGGUAUGUAUUACUUAAUUGAGGCAUCUUUAUUAGUCUUUGUCCUUAAAACAUUGUUCAUUCAUUUCAUUAUUUGAAUUUCCUCAGUUGAAAUCUGUUGAUGGAAA